AGCUGGAAGAGACCAGAAAAAGGAAGCAAACAAAUUACGACAUUCAGCCCCAACCAGUCGCUCACAGGACGACUUAUAUGAACUUGCUCAACCUGUCCAAAAUACAGGAAAACACAAUUCACCAUCCAAGGGGAAGAACUCUGUGAUUCCCAGCAAAGUGCCAUUAUUUCGUGCACAAUCACAAGGAUUCACUUACGACCAUGUGCCAAAUAUAACGGGAACAAGUUUUGAUUCAGGAGUCGAGACUGGUGCUGAGACUGGAUUUGAAAUUCCAGAAUCAGAAUUAGAAGAACAGGAUGAUUAUGACCAUUUGAGUACAUGGAAAGGUAGCAAUCCCCCCAGUCCACUGAUCAAGUCACCUGAUUAUACACACAGUCAAACGUUAGUAGUUGGUGAAAAAGUUGAAAGUCCCAAAAUGAACACAGUAUCAAGUGCUUUUACCGGGGGCCAAUCCUCUAUGGCGCCUCCAGGCCAGCCUGCCGGUGGAGUGGAAGAGGUAUACACAGGUACAUACGAGGAACCAUGGGAUUCCAAACAAAGUCUGCAACAUUUUUCUAAGAUUGUUGGAAAAGCAGAAAGCAAAUACCCCGAGAGCACUGACGAUAGAAUCAUUCCAGGAGUAGUUAUCCGACCAAAAGUUAAACAGCCAGAGGUAGCUGUGUACGAGGAUGCUUGGGACACAGAGGAAAAACAGAAACAAUUCGAAAACAAAGUGAAGGAAGCCCAGAGGAAGCAAAGUGGUGUGGUUUCACAAAAAAGUGAAAGUGAGGCUUCAACGGCAACCUACGAUGAACCCUGGACAGACAUUAACAGUAUGAGGACAACACAUCCACCAAAGUCGUCACCAGGGCAACCUAAAAAGAAAGUAUCUCCCUCAUCUAGCCCUUCACAUCGACCUCCGCAAUCCCUACCACCAUUAAAUAACCCUGCUCACAGACCACUUCAAAAUCUACCAGGUUCCUCACGUGCUUCUGUUCCUUCAGAAUUUGAAAGUAAUACGUAUGAAUCCCCAUGGGACACAAAGAAACGGGAACAGGAACUAGAGGAUAAAGUACAGAAGUUAAGACAUGGCAGCCCAGUUAAUCAGAGAACAGUGGUAGACACGCCCCCUCCACUGUCUCCGGGCUCUCCUCCUAACUUUUUUCCUCCACCACCCCCUUCAACACAGAUGUAUGAGGAAGCUUGGGAUAUGAAACGUCCGUCACACCUCCUUGCCAAGUCUCAACCAGAAGGACAAAGGUUUUCUCCUGCCCAGAAAAGAAUGUCGGAGGGUUCGGGUAGGGAGCGUGCUGAGCCCAUAGACUCCGGCCUGCCUUUGGACAUACAGAAGUAAGACUAUAUACUGCUCUCCAUGUAGAUUGUGUUUUAUCACAUACUGAUCAAACAUAUCAU